AUGUCUCGCUCCGCCGCCGACGCGACGAGAUUCACGGCCACGGGGCCAUACGUCAGUUCCAAGACGGCCACUCCGUCCGCCAUCCCAUACCGACUGCCGCCGGGAUCCAAGCUGAGCAAGCCCGCCGCGUCGUCGGGCUCGAAUCAGCAGCAGGAGGAGACGCCCCGGCAGAAAGUCGAGCGACUGCGUGCGCAAGCCCGAGCGGCUCGGCUGGCGCAGUCGACGUCGCGGGUUGACCGGAUGAUCGAGAUAGGCCGGAAUGUAGCCAACAAGGCUCACAAGGCGAUGAUAUACACGCUGAUUGCGGCUUCGGGUGUCUGCGGCGCUCUCACCCUCUACUCCAUCGUGUCCCUGACUCUGUACAACCGUCGACAGCGCGCCCUCUGGCUGGACCGACAGCUCGAACAGCUCCAGCAAGCGCGGCUAGCAUACACCAACGGCACGGCAACGCCGGAGCAGCUGGAGAUCCUCCGGAACGAGAAGAUCGGCGAGAUCGAGAAGCAGAAGCGGGAAGAAGAGAGGCAGAAGCGGUGGUACAACCGGGCCAAGCGCUACCUGUUUGAAGGGUUGAAGAAGGAAGAUACACCGGACGGCACGACAGCAACAGCAACAACUGAGGAUGCUGCAGCAGCAAAAGAGGGCAACAAGGUCGGAGUCCUCGAUGCGCUGAACGCGAAGAAGGCUGAAGAAGCCACCACUAUCAACAACACGAAUACCUCUGCGUCUGCAUCUACAUCUACAUCUACAACGACAGCCGGCUCUCUCGACCGUCUAGCCGAAAACGCAGAAACAGCAGCCAAGCAAUCAGCACGAAGCUGGACGAGUUGGAUUUGGGGACGAUAG